UCAGAUAUUUUUUGUACAAUUCCAACGUAACUUGAAGUGGGCGCACACAUCUACAAAUUUCUGCAAGAAACGUGUGAACGCGGCUUUAAUUAUUAAAUAUAUAACUUUGAUUUGUGUGUAGCAGUUAAGCAAGAAGAAAAAAAACAGCAAAAUGGCUUUAAGCGAUGCUGAUGUACAGAAACAGAUCAAACAUAUGAUGGCUUUCAUCGAACAAGAGGCCAAUGAGAAGGCUGAAGAAAUCGAUGCUAAAGCCGAAGAAGAAUUCAACAUUGAGAAGGGACGUUUGGUACAACAACAACGUCUCAAGAUCAUGGAAUACUACGAGAAGAAAGAGAAACAAGUUGAAUUACAAAAGAAAAUUCAAUCAUCGAACAUGCUCAAUCAAGCUCGUUUGAAGGUUCUUAAAAUUCGUGAAGAUCAUGUUGCCAGUGUUUUGGAAGAUGCCCGUCGCCGCUUGGGUGAGGUCACCAAAAAUCCCGCAGAAUACAAAGUUGUUUUGCAGAAAUUGAUCUUGCAAGCUUUAUAUCAGACCAUGGAACCCACUGUUAUUUUACGCUGCCGUCAAGUUGAUGUUGGUCUUGUCAAUGAAGCUUUACCCGUCGCCAUUGAUAUGUAUAGGCAACAACUUAAUCAAGAUGUUAAUGUUACCAUUGAUACCGAUAACUUUUUGCCUGCCGAUACAUGUGGUGGUAUUGAGUUGAUUGCUUUAAAUGGACGUGUUAAGGUUCCCAACACUUUGGAAUCCCGCUUGGAAUUGAUUUCACAGCAAUUGGUGCCCGAAAUACGUAAUGCCCUCUUCGGACGUAACGUCAAUCGUAAAUUUGCCGAUUAAGUAUCUUAAUUUUUCAUUUAUUUUCUUUCUUCUACUUGUGUGCAUAAAUUUAUUUAGCUUACAACAACACAAAAAUAAUCAUUAUAAUAAUAAUUAGAUAAAAAAAAGAAAAUGCAAACAAAAUAAUUAUUAAUAACAACAGCAACAAAUAACAAAGAAAAAUGCAAAGAAAAAAAAUAAGCAAAAGAAACCAUUAACGAACUAAACAACUCCUACUGAUUCCCCCAUAAAACCAAAUAAUUAUUAACAUAUUCUUGCAAAAGUUUGCGUUUAAAUAUUAAGAGCAUGUUCUGAAAUAAUCAUAACUAUUAUUGUUUGGUUUUGUUUGUUUAAACUAAUUUAUUUUAGAUAUUUUGUGAAUGUUUAAAAUAGUUAAAUUCUAAUGUCAUUAUUAUACAACAAAAAGAAAAAAGGAAAACAUUGUUUAAUUAAGUUUUGUUUAUUUGUUUGCUUUGCAAACACAAGAUAAUAGUUUAAACAUAAAAUAUUAUUGAAAAACAAAACAAAACAAGUUAUACAUAUUAAAACAUAUUUACUUAUACUAUACUUAAAUUAAAAAAAGGAUAAAAAACUACUAACUAAACUACCUACUAUGUUAAAACAUAUAAAACAAAAAUUAAUCAAUAAUAAUUAAUCUACAUUUAAACAUUCCUGUACAAAAAAAAAAGAAAACGAAAAAAGACAAAGAAAUCCUUUAAAAUUUUAUGUAAAAUGUUAAAAACAACAAAGUAUUUGUAGGGUAAAAGUGGUACUUUUUUCAUUUACUUAAUACUUUCUUUUUUUUAUUUAAAAUUUUGUUAAAUAUUUUUAAGUUUUGUUUAUUUUGUUUUUCAUUUCUAAAACUUUCUUUAAAAGCUGUGUUAUGUUUUUUUUUGUUAAUUAAGUUCUAAAUAACAACAAGACAGACAAACUGCCAAAAAACAAAUUGUUAAAAUACCUUUUUUUAAAAAAUAACUACAACAACAAAUUCUAUAAUUUUUUCUGUUAAUAGAUUUCUUGUGUUAUAACUUUAGGAUACAGCAUCCUUUAUAUUUUAUUUAUGGAAAUUUUUGUUAAAAAUUCAAUGUGAAAUUUCUCUAUUUAAAAUGUAAAGUUUCUUAAAGUAAACAUGAAAAAUCUAUAAAUUUCAUUCUCUUAAUCCAAAAGAAAACCAAUCUAACUAAUGUGUGUGUGUGUGUGUGGGUUUAAAACUUCUUCUCUUUCUCUUAAAAAGCAUGCUUUUAAAAAAACUCCCUUUAUUUGUUGUUUAAUAUUACAACUCACUAAAUUUCUUUACUGGGAAAAUUUGUUUUCAAUCAAAAUUUUUUUUAAUAAAUAAAU